AUGGACUCCAAGUUGUAUCUGGCUGAGAAUGUGCUCAAUGAGCGGCGCCCUGUCACAUAUCGCUUAUUGAGCCGCGCGCUCAAAGUGCACGCCAAUCGAGCCAAACACAUCCUUUUUGAAUUUCACCUCAAUGAGAACGCGAAGAAGUCACAGACCGUCCACGCAACCUACGUCAUCUCCGGUAUCCAGAAGGCGCCCGAGCCGGCCCCUACGAACGGCCAUGCGGACGACGAAGAUGAGAUGAUGGAGAGUAGCCCCUACUUGCCCAGCUCAAUGCCGAACCAGGAUGCAUCCUCGGACUCAAUUCGCACUACCUCCAUCGUGUUGGCACGUGAGGAAGACCUCGAAGAUGCGAAAUCAACAUUCCAGUCGAUAUCUACAAUUCAUGUCUACAGUCUUGAGCCUACAGCUCUGCCGGAUCUGAAUGUGUUGGUUGAUGCCAAUCGGGAAAUUGCGAGUACACACGGGCAGGAGGAUCCACUGGAGUGUGGGAAGCAAUGGGGUAUGAUUCAGAAUCGGAACGUCAAGCGGAGGACUGGCGCGCGCCCACCGCCACCUGCAGCUCCAACUGUGAAGGCGCCGGCUGCCAAGGCAUCGAAGCCUUCGAUUGAGUCGACGGUGCCCGCUAAACGGCCGCUGCAAAAAGAAACAUCCUCAGCCAAGACGGAAGCUACAAAGUCAGACGAACCGAAGUCUGAGCCAACCUCUGCUGCCAACUCCCAGACAUCCUCGAAGCCUUCGGGUAAAGCAGCGGCACCCAAGCAGAAAGGCAAUCUUUUCAGCUCUUUCGCCAAGGCGAAGCCAAAGACAAAGGCAUCAGCUCCCGCAGAACCGGCCGCAACGAGUGCAGAAGAUGUCGUGCUUGACGAUGCAUCUGAAGAAGAGGCAGAGGAAUUGUUCCCUGAUAGCACCGAGAAAGCAGCAGCACCAACCCGGGAAAACAGGAAAGAGCGCGAGGACAGGCUCAAGAAGAUGAUGGAUGAUGAUGAUGAUGACGAGGCUGACGACGAAGAAAUGCCCGAUGCCAAUGAGGAGCCACGGGAGCCCACGCCUGUUGAGCAACCGCCACCAUCCAAGCCAGCCGAACUUAAAGAAGAAGUGACUGUGCAGGGUGGGCGGCGGCGAGGCAAGCGGCAAGUCAUGAAGAAGAAGACGGUCAAGGACGAAGAAGGAUACUUAGUUACCCGGGAAGAGGCAACAUGGGAGUCUUUCUCCGAGGAUGAGCCGGUGCCUAAGAAGAAGCCCGCGGUCAAUGUUCCCAAGGCAAAGGCUGGCAAAGGUGCGGGGCAGGGCAAUAUCAUGUCUUUCUUUGGGAAGAAGUGA